AAAAAAAUUAAUUGGAUUCUUACCAUGUUAUUGAGGUCUCGUGGUGGGGACGUGCUGCAGGUCUUCAUGGAACGUUCUGGACCUUCCUCCUGUGCGCAGGGGAGGGAGGAGCUGGCCUGCCGAAUCAAGCGUGGAGUGUGCUCGGCUGAGGGACCCAGGCCGGGGCCCUGUCCGCACCCCGAGCGGGGAGAGCCGCUCACCAACACUGUAAGGUAUCCUUCUCAUGGGCACGGAAAGUCACUUCCUCCUUUUCCAAGGCAACUGGGACUCCCACCAGCCCACGUCACCUCUUCCGGAAUCUUCCCUCUACCGGGCCAAACAUCUGUUGAGCCCUUGCUCUGUGGCCCAGAGACCGGCGCUCCCAGUUCUGCGGCUGGUCUCCCGGGGCCGCGGUCUCUGAUGACGCUGGGGCCUCGCUGGCUGCAGUCCGACAGAUCGCGCGCUGGGCGGCCGCCGCCUCCAGGAGAAACGCUCGGUCCUCCCGGAACGGGUGACGCUCUGUCCGGCGUCCGCCGGGGCUCCGGCCUCGGGGAGCCUGCUCCACUUCCUGUCUCACACGACGACCCGGGUCAAUGAGGAGGUCCAGGCCAUGGCAGCUUCUGAAAUUAUGAGAAUUAAGAAAUCGUAUAGGGAACAAGCACAGGAAGUUCUAGAGUCGCAAAACUUGGUUUCAGUCACCCCAAAGGGGAACACCAGCGGGAAGCCACCCUCCAUUCCCCAAAUGUCUUUAUUUUACAAUGAAUUAGAGUCAAAAUUUCUGGGCGUGU